GUUUAUCCUUCGAAAGAGCAAUCGUUAACAAUGAUGACUUCCUCCCUGGUGCUGGUGCCGCUGUUGUUGGCUGGGGCAGUCCUGGCUGACACCUGCACGCUGCCCGAAGCCUCCACAGAGACCUUCAGCGUCACCACGGAGCACAAGAAGUGGUACCAGCAGUACCGCUACCCUUCAGCAGCCCUGGACCCCCUGGGCUGCCUCAUCCUCACACAGGACCCUGGUGAGGCUGCUAACCAGAUGACGCUCAGCGGUGCCUUCAGCCAGGACCCAUCGGCUGCUGUAACGGCCGACGUCACUAUCGAGGGUAACAGACUUCACAGCACCUACUACGGCAAGUACGGUGAAUUGUUGACCGCUGAGCGAAACCUCGUCUAUGGAAGCGCAGACAUCUUCAUUGAACACUUCUGCAUGGUGACUGGCGACGAGAUGACAUUCAUCUUCACCACUGCGGAGAAUCCGAGUGACGAUCUGAUCAACCAGAUAUGGACUGAGGUCGACGCACGCCCUGAAAUCGACAGAUCCAAAUUCCAGGAAGUCAGUUGUUAACCGAUGUCGAUCUCUGAACUUAAAUAAAACAACUUCUGCAUAAGCAA